UCUCUCUCAUUUCAUCGUCAUCAUCAUUCAUCAUCGUCUUUUGUUUGUUUUCUCCUAACGUUUCUCUUCCUUCGAGCAAAUCUCCAAACUCUUUUUUUCACCAGCAAAAAAAAAAAAAACCAAACUAUCCCCUAGAGAGAAGUUUUAGUCUUGUUGUCGCGAUGUCGGACUCUGGUUCUCACAAGUCCGCCACAAAACCUUCCCUUUUCGGACUAAACCUCUACUUAGUCAUCGCGAUUUGUUCUGUUUUCGUACUCUUGAUCUCAGUCCUCGUCUUCCUCUUCGUCUGCUUGAACCGCGUCUCACGCGCUCGUAGAAUGCGCGUGAAACACAGCUCCGGCUCGAUCCCGCUCGUCUCCAAGGAGAUAUCGGAGAUCAAGACUGUCGGAAAGUUUAUAAACUCCGACGAUUCCAAGGGUAAAAUCGUAAACGAAGCUGUCGUGGUUUCCGCAUCAAGCAAAGAAGCGACGAGUGGUGGGUUUGACACUUUGUCGGUGGCUUCUAGCGGUGACGUUGGUCCCGAGGUGAUGGGAUGGGGAAGAUGGUAUAGCUUGAAAGAUCUGGAGAUUGCGACGCGUGGCUUCUCUGAUGAGAACGUCAUCGGUGAAGGAGGUUACGGUAUCGUUUAUAGAGCUGAUUUCUCCGACGGUUCCGUCGCCGCUGUCAAGAAUCUCCUUAACAACAAGGGUCAGGCAGAGAAAGAGUUCAAAGUUGAGGUAGAAGCUAUUGGAAAAGUAAGACAUAAGAACUUGGUUGGUCUGAUGGGAUAUUGUGCUGACACUGCUCAAAGGAUGCUUGUGUAUGAAUAUAUUGAUAAUGGAAACUUGGAGCAGUGGCUGCACGGUGAUGUAGGUCCUGUUAGUCCUCUGACAUGGGAUAUCCGCAUGAAGAUUGCUAUUGGAACAGCAAAAGGAUUAGCCUAUUUGCAUGAAGGGCUUGAACCUAAGGUUGUGCACCGUGAUGUGAAGUCUAGUAACAUCUUGCUCGAUAGGAAAUGGAACGCGAAAGUGUCUGACUUUGGUUUGGCCAAGUUAUUAGGAUCUGAAGCAAGCUAUGUGACAACUCGUGUUAUGGGAACUUUUGGAUAUGUUUCACCAGAAUAUGCAAGUACCGGUAUGCUCAAUGAGUGUAGUGAUGUCUACAGCUUUGGUGUUUUGCUCAUGGAGAUGAUUACAGGAAGAAGUCCGGUCGAUUAUUCAAGACCGCCUGGCGAGAUGAACUUGGUGGAUUGGUUUAAAGGAAUGGUUGCAAGUAGACGUGGAGAAGAAAUUAUAGACCCUAAAAUCAAGACUGCACCACCUCCAAGAGCUCUGAAAAGAACUUUGCUAGUUUGUUUGCGUUGCAUAGACCUUGAUGCUAGUAAACGACCAAAGAUGGGACAAAUCAUUCACAUGCUUGAAGCUGAAGAUUUCCCUUUCCGUCCUGAACACAGAUCAAACCAGGAAAGAUUGACAGAGAAAGCUUCUAUGGCAAACAAGAAUGUCUAUCACGGUUGAGAGUUGAUGCUUUUCACAUUCCACGGCCACAAAUUGAUAGAUGUUUCCAUGUUUGUUAAUUCUUAUAUUGAUGAUUGAUAUGCUAAAAGAAAAAUUGGAAAAGUGAGAUUAGAUAUAUGAGGGAGCAAUUCAGGAUUAAGGCUUGUAAUUUGUAUAUAUCAUAUAUAUAUGUAUGUAUGUAUAAUAAAAUAGUGAAACUCAUAAGAAUGUUACAUGUCUUCUCUUUUGGUGCCUA